GAGGGGUGUUCACCAAGGCGAGUGCUCAGAAAGUCUAUCCUGGACAGUACCAGAGGACUUGGGGAUCCAACUUUUCACUCACGCUUAACCCUUUGAUAUCUGUCAAGAAACUUCUAAAUUGUAUCCAGAAAAGCCAGAAUGGAGAUAUCAAUGCCCCCACCUCAGAUAUAUGUAGAAAAAACUCUGGCUAUUAUCAAACCAGAUAUUGUUGACAAAGAGGAAGAGAUACAAGAUAUUAUUCUAAGAUCUGGAUUCACAAUUGUUCAGAGAAGAAAACUACAUCUUAGCCCUGAGCACUGUAGUAACUUUUAUGUGGAACAGUAUGGGAAAAUGUUUUUCCCAAAUUUAACAGCCUACAUGAGUUCUGGACCACUUGUUGCCAUGAUAUUAGCUAGACAUAAAGCCRUCGCUUACUGGAAAGAACUUUUGGGACCAAGUAAUUCUUUAGUAGCUAAGGAGACACACCCAGACAGUCUAAGGGCAAUUUAUGGCACAGAUGACCUGAGGAAUGCACUUCAUGGGAGUAAUGACUUUACUGCAGCAGAAAGAGAAAUUCGUUUCAUGUUUCCUAAAGUGAUUGUUGAGCCCAUUCCAAUUGGACAAGCCGCUAAGGACUAUUUAAAUUUAUAUGUCACACCAACUCUGCUUAAAGGACUCACAGAGCUUUGUAAACAAAAACCAAGAGAUCCUUUUCYCACCCCCUGCCAGCACUUUCCAAGUGCCACUGCCAUCAGCUCCAGAGGGAGUCUCUUCCUCAUGCUUCCUGGGCAGCAGCUGCACUGUGAUGGCAGGGAGCACAGAAUGGGAGGAGAAAGCAGCUUGCAGACAAAUGGGCAGCUAAUCGGACCAACAGCCCCACCACUAGGACCAUAA